AGAACAACCCUUGGAAAUUGCAAAGAACAGUAGCGCCUCUAAAUUCUUUGUAAGAGCCACAUAUGUUCCUCGUGCGCUUUUUUUUUUCUUCCUUUUUUUAAUCUUUAAAUCCUUCAUUUUCGUUUCAUUUAAAUUCUACUGCUUGUUCGCACAUAUGGUGUCCAAUAACCAUUGAAUUCAUUAAUUGUGUUUCAAAGUACAAGUUGCGGUCUUUAUUUUUUCAGAUGGGUUCAUCGGAAAUUAUGGAUUCCGGCAAGUUUUCCGGCCAGAGGUCCAAUUUUUCACAGACCUGUAGUUUGUUGAGCCAGUACUUGAAAGAGAAGGGUAGCUUUGGAGAUCUUACUCUUGGUCUCACUCAGAAUUUUGAACCCAAAGGAGCUCCAACGGCAACUGAAACCAUGAACUUAUUCCCAGUCAUUGGGAACUCUGAAACUCCGACCCAUGAAAAACUCAACAUGUCCAUUAUCCCUCAGAAGAAAACUGAUCUCAGUGGGACAAAAUCUGAGCCAGAAACUGCACAAAUGACCAUAUUCUACUGCGGCCAAGUGAUGGUUUUCGAAGAUUUUCCGGCUGAAAAGGCAAAAGAAAUCAUGCUUUUGGCUAGCAAGUCAAGUUCACAAAACCAUUCCACUACCGCCGCCGCUGCCGCCUUAGCUCCGCCAAGUAUGGUCCAAAGUCCAGCUGAAUCCGCCACCAACAUCCCAGUUGCUACACCUGUUUCCACUUUCGUCCAUAACCCUCCUCAGCCAUCCCUUGCUUCUGAUUUACCAAUUGCAAGGAAAAAUUCGCUAGCCCGGUUUCUCGAGAAGAGAAAAGAUAGGAUCACAUCAAAGGCGCCUUACCAGGCAAUGGCACCUCCAAAGCCAAUUAAAACUGAAGAAUGGCUGGGAUUGGCUCCUCAAUAUCCAACUUCAAAUUGAGCUUUAAUUAAUUAUUAAAUAUAAUAUUAAUUAAUCUAAUAUUAGUUUACUUGUAUUGAUUAAAGGCCAACUUGGCUUCACUAUUAGUUAAGUGUCUAACUGAUUAAUCUGUGUUAUUAAGAUUGAAGAGAAUAUUUCCCUUUCCUUUCAGCCUAUAGUUCCUAGAAUAUAUUCUUUUAAUCUCUA